AUGGAAGACUACUCAAAUAUCAGCAGAAGUAUCACAACAUUUACUCUCCUAGGAUUCCCUACUUCUCGGCCAGUUCAGAGCCUUCUUUUCUUCAUUUUUUUCUUUACCUAUCUUUUAACCAUUGUAGAAAACCUGCUUAUUAUAAUUGUUAUCUGGACCACUUCUAAGCUACAUAAGCCAAUGUAUUUCUUUCUUGGGCACCUGGCCUUUUUAGAAGCAUGGUAUGUAACCGUCACGGUGCCCCAGCUUCUUGCAAUAUUCCUUGUUAAUAGUAAAACAAUUUCAGUUACUGCUUGUAUGACACAACUCUAUUUCUUUAUUGCUUUGGUGUGCACAGAGUGUGUUUUACUGACUGUUAUGGCCUAUGACCGUUAUGUGGCCAUUUGUAGUCCCUUGCAUUAUAUCACCACCAUGAACUGGAAUUCCUGUAUUUUUCUUGCCUUGGGCUCCUGGUUUAUAGGUUUCAUCAUGUCAUUCAUCAAAGUUUACUACAUUUCCCAUGUAACUUUUUGUCACUCUGAUGUUAUAAAUCACUUUUACUGUGAUAUAUCUCCUAUACUUAAUCUUGCCUGCACAGACAGGAGGUUGGCUGAGCUUGUUGACUUUAUACUUGCCUUGUUAAUUCUUCUAGUUUCUUUGUUGCUAACUUGUAUAUCUUACAGCCAUAUUCUGGGCACCAUUCUAUCCAUCCCAACCUCCACUGGUCGUAAAAAGGCAUUCUCUACUUGUGCUUCACAUUUGGUUGUGGUGGUUAUAUUCUAUGGGGCCACUCUCUUUAUGUAUGCCAGGCCAAGCAGGGCUAGAUCAGUGGAUUCCAACAAACUUGUAUCUGUUAUCUACACAGUUAUAACCCCCUUACUGAAUCCAAUAAUAUACUGCCUGAGGAACAAAGAAGUUCAGGAGAUCAUAUGGAAAUAUCUAGAGCAAAAGGCAGCCGAAUUAAUUAGUGUAGCUAAAAGAAAGUAA